AAAUUGAGUUAGGCGAAGAAGUAUCUCGUGGAGUUUACAAAGGAAAAUGUAUUCACUACAAUAAAAAAUUUAAACAUGCUAAACCUACUAAAACUAGAGCUCAUAUCACUCAUGAAUAUCCAAAUUGUUCUGAAAAUCUUAAACGAUAUUACAACUACAUAAUUGCAAAUAAUCUUUUUGAUGAUUCAAAAGUUGAAGAUUAUACAAUUCCAACUCAUUUAGAAAUCAAGUUGUUUAAAUUUAUGGAUUAUUAA